CCCGCCGCCUCCCUGCCCGGCAGCUUCCGCCUCCUCCCAGCGCUGCUCAGGUCGGUCAGUCGGGAAAUGCCCGGGCCGCUGGCGGCUCGCUGAGCGACCCCAGGGGCUGCAGCGCCGAGCCCGGACCGCCACUGCCCGCGCCCCCAUGAGUAAGAUCGGCAAGUUGUUCAAGGGCGGCGGGCCCGGGCGCUCCAAGGGGCGCGCGGGCCCCACGCCCCAGGAGGCCUUGGCCCGGCUGCGGGAGACCGAGGAGAUGCUCACCAAGAAGCAGGAGUAUCUGGAGACCAGGAUCCAGAGGGAGCUGGCCGCGGCCAAGCAGCACGGCACCAGGAACAAGCGAGCUGCAUUACAAGCCCUGAAGAGAAAAAAGAGGUACGAGAAACAGUUGAGCCAAAUUGAUGGGACGCUUUCCACCAUUGAGUUCCAGCGAGAAGCAUUGGAAAAUUCCCACACCAACACAGAAGUGUUCAAGAAUAUGGGCUAUGCUGCACAAGCGAUGAAAAAAGUGCAUGAAAAUAUGGACCUAGACAAAAUUGAUUCUUUGAUGGACGAUAUCACUGAACAGCAAGCAGUUGCCCAGGAGAUCUCAGAAGCUAUUUCAAACCGAGUUGGGUUUGGUGAUGAGUUUGAUGAGGAUGAGUUGAUGGCAGAAUUGGAGGAAAUGGAGCAAGAAGAACUGAAUAAGAAAAUGACGGAUGUUAGAUUGCCAAGUGUCCCAUCCACAUCGCUGCCUUCCCGCCCUGCAUCCUCCAGGAAGAAAGUGGAAGAUGAAGAUGAUAUGAAGCAGCUGGCGGCUUGGGCGUCGUAACAUCAGACUGCAGUGUUUAGAACAACAGGUUUCUUACAAUACAGGUGUAAAGAGUUGCAAUAACGUUUUAUAUGCUUAAUAAAUCAGACCCAAUUUGAUCACUUGUUUUACUUUGGUAGGGCCAAAUGAUCUUAAAAAAAAUUACUUAACUUCGAUACUAUUUUUAAAUGUUUGUUUUUUUUUAAAGAGAGAUUUUCAGGACUUGGCCAGUCUUGUAUCAUUUUUACAGUGAAGAAUCCAGAUGGAAUUUUUAUUAAAAAGAGCUUUUACUGGGUGGAGCCUUACUACAGAGUAUUUUUGUGAGACGCUAAGGCCCCUAUGUACACACAUGACCAAAUUCACUGCUGGAGUGAAUGUUUGAAACAUAGUAAAGUCAUAAAGGCUUACAAGCAGUGGUCAGUUUGGCUCAGAGUAUUUGAAAGCUAGUGGAACAGCUUCCAUAAGCUGCUCCGAGCACAUGGACCUAAUGGGGCUGCAUAUGGGCACAGAGAUCACCCACCCAGAGCAUCUUGCAGUAUCAGGGUCCCAAAUCGUAAGCUCCUUGGGGCAGAAUCUUCUAUGAAAGGCUUUGGGUUUUUGGGUUUUUUUUCCCCCCUGUAAAUCAUCAUAUACACCUAUAUAAUUAGUUAUAAUCAAGGUUUAAAAAUCAGUUCAGGCUCAUUCAGUGAAAAUGGUUUGGCUCUCAAGUGUGACUAGGGGAAAACCAGAGUGUAGAAUUAGUUUUAAUCUAGGUCCCUGCCGGUUUAAAACUGAUUCAGCUAACUCUGUUAAAGACCGAGAGGAGAUGUGGCCUAACUACUGCUUAUAGGCCUCCCAACUUAACUUUUCCAGGAUGAGUCUUAACUUCAUAUUACAGAUUGUUAAAAGUUGUCAUAAUGGAACUUGUAAUGCUGUGAUUUCAAAGUAACAUUGGUUUCCAAGCAUUCAGUUCCUGUACUGAGACUUGAAUGGAAAUUGUAUCGAAGUGUUAAUAUUUGAAAUUUCUUUUAACUUCUUUCUUUCACUUCUUUGAAUGUGAGUGAUUUAUAUGUGAUGUUCAUGUACAGUGUUGCACAACUGAUUAUUUUUAGUCUAAAGGGACGAAUGUUAUUUUGAGUGCUGAAGUACUGUGUAUGCAGAGAAAUCAGAACAAGCAAAAUUAAACAUUUUUCUGUCAAAGUGAAUUUUGAUGUUAAAUGAGACCUUCUGACUUAGUAACCCACUGCUGUCCACAGUGAAACACUUACAUUGGGGGCGUUUCUAGAGUACUGGAAAUCAAAGUAAUACUGAUCUGGGUUUCUGGUUUUAAAAAUUAUAAUUGAUAAUCAGGCCAGCCAGGAAACAGUGGACAACGGGGGUUCAUUAUCCUUGUAGCAGCAGCAGAUUAACCACUUAAGACUCUGUGCCAAGCACUUUGGCCUCACACCAGCAAAUGACUUCAGUUGCCCAUUCUUCUGUACUUGAUGUUAAGCAUGUGCUUAUGUGUGUGCUACUGGAUGAAGGCCAGAGUGCUCAACAUCUCGCUGGAUUGAGCCCUGUUAAUGGAAUGGAGCAGAUUCUGAAGUUACAAAUAAGACUGGCUGGAUUCUCCUCUUACACUAGUACAGAACUAGUGUAACUUCACUGGACUGACUUUUGGUCUAUGUAGGUAUGAAUGGAGAAUCAGGUCUGUGUGCUAGGCUAAGCAGCUAAGUCUACACUAAAGGGAAAAGUCAAUCUAAGCAACACAAUUUGAGUUACAUGAAUAGCGUAUUCAAAUCAACGUAGCUUAGAUCUACUUACUGUGGGGUCCACAAUACGUGAUAUCAACGAGAGAUGCUCUCCUGUCGACUCCCCUUACUCUUCCCGAUCAGGUGGAGUACGGGAGUCGACAGGAAAGCGAUUGGUGGACAGCCAAUGCAUUGAUUGCCGCAGCGUCUAUCCUCUGGUAAGCGUAGACAAGUCCUUAGAGAAAACCAGGUGCAUGUGCAACUCUGUUGCAGAGCUAGGAGGCACCAGAGUCUCUUUCUGGAGCAAGAAAAAGAAAGCUGGAACUUUGUAGGUCUCUAUUUUAAAACAGUGUAUUUUAUAUUUUAAAGCAUAGUCUUAAAUUUAUUAUGGAAACUAGUACAGUAACAGUGUAAUGCAAUUAUAUUGCGUUCUAAAAUGCAAGACAAGAUACCGAUGAGAAGCUGCUGGGACUAGGGGCUUUAUUAAAAUAACUAAUCUUCUGAGUUAAGAUCUGUUUUCUGUGCAUUUGGUGAGAGUCACAUUUCAAGGUUAAGCAAGCUUAUAUAUGUCAAUGUACCUAAGUUAUGGAUAAAUUGGGUAACAGUGAUGGACUACUUAGGCACAUAACUGGCCAUGUGUUUGCACAGAUCUGAUCACUGUGCACACCUCUGGCAUUUCUAUACAUAAGUUAGGCAGUGCCAAUAUGUUUACAUGCUUAGUUUGGAAAGACUGGCCCAUAACAUCUGUUUUUUCCUCAAGUUAGUAGUUUUCCAAUACUUAGCACUUAACCUAUUCAAAAUGCUUGACUAACACUAAUUAAAUACAAUGUACAUUUGAUUGUACCUUUUAGAAGUAACCAGAGAUAUUUGUAUUGCUAUUUAAUUUCUCUUGAAAAUAAAGACACGGUUCCUGCACUGGAAAGCUCUCUCUGUGUCUAGUUGUGUACAGCACUCAUUUCUAUCGGAUCUAAGCCUCCCAUAAGUAUCUAGAUAUUAACAACAAGUGAUGUUUUGAUCACUGCAGGCAGGGAGUCUGUGUCACAAGGACGCUAUGAAAAAGGCUUUCCCCCCCCAUGCACUGUAGUUCUCAAACUCCAGAAAUCCCCAGCAUACCUUCAAAGACUAUAGGGACACUUAUGCUUCUAAAAUCCUACUUGUAAGAUAUGCCCAAGUUAAUGGAGAAUGCUCUUACAGGAGCAUGUUGGCUCUAGCAAGUCCUUCUGCUUCAAUACUAAACAAAUACCAUCUUGACACAGAAGAGACACAUAUAUUCAAAAAGAAAGAGGCAGUUUCCAAUUGGAUGUGAAUUUGCACAUGAAGACUAGCUCCUCAGCUGUAGCUAUAGCUCCAAUUAUUUCAAUAGUGGUAGAGUAACUCCUCACUUAAAGUCACAUUUUUCAGGAACGUAACUACAACAUUAAGUGAAACAAUGUUAAGCGAAUCCAUUUUCCCCAUAAGAAUUAAUGUAAAUAGGGGGGGUUAGGUUCCAGAGAAACUUUUUUUGCCAGAUAAAAAGUAUUAUGUACAUUUUAAACAAGCAAUUUAAUACUAUGCUGUGGGGAGUCGUGUGCACGUGCUGUGUGUUUACAAACAUACUGUGCAUACAGUACAGUACUACAGUUGGGAGGUGCCCCCGCCUCACCCUACACAGGCACAGCCCACUGGCACUGGAGAUGAGGCAGGCGAGGAGGCUGAAGUGCUGUAGGCUGGGAGAAGCACAUUGCGCAGCAGCGGCAGCUUCCCCUACUCUGCAAACACCAGGGGCUGGGGGGGGCUCAACCC